GGGCGAGGGGCUGGAGGGGGGGGGGGUGGUUCGACGCGGGGCCGUUGGCUCCAGACAAAUAAACAUGGAGUCCAUCUUCCACGAGAAACAAGAAGGCUCACUCUGUGCUCAACAUUGCCUGAAUAAUCUAUUGCAAGGGGAAUAUUUUAGCCCUGUGGAAUUAUCCUCUAUUGCUCAUCAGCUAGAUGAAGAAGAGAGGAUGAGGAUGGCAGAGGGAGGAGUCACUAGUGAAGACUAUCGAACAUUUUUACAGCAACCUUCAGGAAAUAUGGAUGACAGUGGUUUCUUCUCUAUUCAAGUUAUAAGCAAUGCCUUGAAAGUUUGGGGUUUAGAGCUAAUCCUCUUCAACAGCCCAGAGUAUCAGAGGCUCAGGAUCGAUCCUAUAAAUGAAAGAUCAUUUAUAUGCAACUAUAAGGAACAUUGGUUUACGGUUCGAAAAUUAGGAAAACAGUGGUUUAACCUAAACUCUCUCUUGACGGGUCCAGAAUUAAUAUCAGAUACUUACCUUGCACUUUUCUUGGCUCAGUUACAACAGGAAGGUUAUUCCAUAUUUGUUGUUAAGGGUGACCUACCAGACUGUGAAGCUGACCAGCUCCUGCAAAUGAUUCGGGUACAACAAAUGCAUAGACCAAAACUCAUUGGAGAAGAAUUAGCUCACUUAAAAGAUCAAAGAGUACAGAAAACAGACCUAGAGCAAUCUUUAGAAGUAAGUCAUACAUAUGAUGGAACGGGAAUGUUAGAUGAAGAUGAAGAGAAUCUACAAAGAGCUUUAGCACUAAGUCGACAGGAAAUUGAUAUGGAAGAUGAAGAAGCAGAUCUGCGUAGAGCAAUUCGACUUAGUAUGCAAGGUGGUUCCAGAAAUAAUAUUUCAGAAGAUAUUCCACAGACAUCAGGUACAAACUCACCAACAUCUCUUACUUCAGAAGAACUACGAAAGAGAAGAGAAGCCUACUUUGAAAAACAACAGCAGCCAGAACAGAUAGCACAUCUACAUGAAAAGCCAACUACAGGUGCAGAUGCACUUGAAAUUGAUCCAGGUGACGAUAUGACUGAAGAAGACAUGCUUCAAGCUGCUAUGAAUAUGUCUUUGGAAAAUGGCUCAUAUCCUGUGACUGAUGCAUUCCUGGAUUGGAAGGGAACCCUUCAGAAGUGAGGUGUGGAGACAGAAUAUGCAGCUUGGGGAGAACAGAACUAUUUUUCCAGGUGCUUUAUGAAUAUCUUCUCUAUUAUGUCAAAAUGUUACAGCUUUAGAUGAACACCCCUGCGUUACACACCUCAAUGUCAAGUUUCCUCUGUUACUAAGGAAAAUGAGGGAAAUAAAGUAUGCAAGCUAGCUUGUGUUAAUUGUAAGACUUAAGGUCCGAGAUAUAUGUGUAAUGAACUAAACUGGGCUACCUGGUUUAGAUCAUCCUGCAGCCUUUUAUUGUGAAUGGUGCUUUCUGUUUUACACAAAUUUGAAAUGUAUGAAAAUGUAGAUAAAUGCUGCUUUGCCUAUAUUCCAUUUAACAGAAAUAUUUUCACCCAUACAAUAAUCUUGGAACACAUGAAAAUAAUUUACUUACUAAAUUAUAUAUAAAAUUAUGUUGUGACUUGAAACAUACUAUUUAGCUAUAAAUACAAUGAUAAUUGGAUUAUUCAAUAGCAAGUGAGGUUGUAAAUAAAAAAAGGUUUUGUCAAACAUCCUUUUAUAUGGUUCCCAAAUGACUUUUUGUUUUAUUGGAGUAGAAUAGUGCUGUAAUUUGGGUUGAGAUUAACAGUGCCUUUUUGAAAUAGGCAUUUUGCUCCUGCCAUCAGCCAUUAUUUGUUUUCAUCUUCAGAAUUUUUCAGAGUUAAUAUAUUAAAUAGGAAUGUCCAAAUUGCAUCUCUGGAAACUAAAAAUAUCGUAGUAUGUCAUUAAAAAAAUUAUGGAUGGCUAUACUGAUCAGGGAAAAUUUUUUGCUCUGAGAUAUGUUGCUAGAUGUCACUGAAAACAUAGGAAAUGCCUUUUAUUGAUGAAGUAAUUUUUACUUGAGUGUGAAUUUUUAAAAAAAAUACCCAUCUUGUGCCAUAUAAAAUUUUCCAAAGUGAACCAUAUAGUAAUAAGAAAAAGUUUUGGCUGCUAAGUCUUUUUAAGUAUCUUUAAUUUAUAAAAUAAAAUUCUUGAUUUUAGAAUACAAUAGUGGAUAAAUCUGGAAAUAUGCACAAUUGUCCCUACAGUUUUGUAUAAUAUUUCCAUGUCUGUUUUCCAUUGCCUUUUCUCUUUGAAAACCUACAUUCAGCCCUUCAUAUAUUUGAGUUAAUGCUUUCUCUAACAUAAAAACAGAGCUAACUGUUAAGAUUGAAACAAUUUUCUCUUAUAGUUUCUUACAUAAUAAAAGCUCUUAAUGGAAAAUAAAACACAAGGCUUAAACCCUUGUAAUGCCCAGAUGAAACAGUUUUUAAAAUAACACGUCAGCCUUAAUUCUUGAUGCUUUUUGUUGACUCAAGUUGGACCCUUAGGCCAGAAAGUUCAGACUGUAUUCAGUUAUGUCUACAUUGAACAUACCAUAUAAAUUUUAUAUUCUAAAAAAUAACUAGUGUAUUGCCAUCUUAUCAUGGAAUAUAGACAUGGAAUAUAGAUUUUUGAUGGCUUAAAUUCUAGUCAUUCAGAUUAUAUUCCUUAGUUCAUAUAAUUUCAAAGAUGGCUGCUCCAUAAUAAUCCAUCGUACAAAAUAAUUUGGCUGGAAGUCACACACCCCCGCCCCCACCUUCCUUCUUAAUCUGGCAUUUAUACAGUGUGGUAUAAAACUUGUGAAUUUGUUUAAAAUUUUAAACUGUAUAAAAGUACACCAAAUCCUGCCACUUUCUAUAAGCAUCUUGUACAGAAGUCAGAUUCUACAACUUGACAGUAGCCAUCCUGCUGAGAUAAAGUUUCAUUUGUGAUGCUAAUGUAGGGAACUACUGUAAAUGUUCAAAACAGGAUUUCUAUUUUGGGUCAACAAUUAGGAGAAUAUUAAUGUUUAAUAUUUAAACAAUAUUUAUUCUUAUGUAAAAUGAGUAUUAAACAGGAUUAACAAGGUACAGAAGAGUUUUGGUUGGAUCUCCAUAAUAUUAGUAAUAAGUAAUGACAAACUUGGAAAUACCCAUAUAAUGUGUAUUUUCAGAUAAGUGAAUGACUUUUACAUGGAAGGAGUACUGAGGAGAUUUUUGUUUUAAUUUGCAAGGAGUGAUAUUAAGAUUAAUGUAUAAAUAGUAAAAAUUUGGAGACAGACUAUAUCUUAAUGUGAAAAAUUCAAAAAGGUAAAAUUUACAUUUUUGUUUAAAAAAUAUUAGGCAAAUAGUUUUUUUUAAUUCUUAAAACAUUUUGUUUUAUUAAUGGAGAUCCUUUUUUAAAGUAAACUGCCACAUGGAGAUUUUCCUAAAUUAAGACUGUAUAUUGCUAAAAAUCUAGUAAAUCAAUUAAAAUAAAGUCAGAUAUAUGUUUUAGUAUCAUAAAACAAAGCUUCUCAUAGCUUAAAUUUAUGCCAAAACAAGAAACUAAAAAUACAGCCUAACUUCUCCCUAUCAGUACAUUCAAUGCUGUUUUAAAAAUCAUGUUCGUGCCAAUUUCUGUAAUAUGAAUAUGUAUUUAUAGUUUUCGUAUUGGCAGACAGGACCUGCCAGAAUGCAGAGAAAAGCUUGAUUAAGUGUGUUAAAAGAAAAAAAAAAGUGUAAAGUUUUUUUUUAAUGCUUCCAUUAGCUUGAAAAACAGUACAUUGAAAUAAGUUGUCACUUUAAAGAGAAUAUUUUUUAAUCUGAAUAAAACCUCUCUUUGCAUUUGAAAGAUCCCGUUUACUAAUUUGCUACAAAUGGAUUGAUUUCUGUAUUUGGGCCUUCCUUAACAUAUGUACUUGCAUUUAUUUAUGCACAUAUACACAUUUUUUUUGCCUUCAUUUGAAACAACAUUUCCAAACACUUGCUUUACAUUUCCUAGAAUAAAUAACAUGAUUUUGAAGUGAUAAGCAUUUUGAUUGAAGAGGAUCUAAAUAAAUGGGAAGGAAAAAGUAAAUAAGAAUCAGUUUCACUUAUUUUUAGUUUAAUUUUUAGAUGAGUUUGGGUUUGUUUUUUGUUUUUUUUUUUUUUUUUAGAAAAUUCAUGCCUUGAAAUAUUUGCUACUGAGUUUUUUCAAUCAUGAUUGCAAAUGAAAUUUUAAAGGCAGUUUUCAUUUAAUAGUGAUUUAAAUUCUUUGAGAUUUAGAAACAUUCCUGUAACUUUUAGAAGGGAAGGGUGGACCUGAAAAAAUGUAAUUUAGUGUUGUGGAAUUGUUUUUGUUAAUUUCCUUAAAUAUUCUUGCCCUAAAAACUGUAAGAAGACUAUAUUACUGGUAUGAUAAAUUUUAAUUUCAUUGUAAUUACUGUUUCUAUACAUUUAAAAUGAAAAGUUUAACUUUCUUCAUUCUGUUUUCAAGGUCUAAGUGGAUUCCAUCAUCAUUAAUCCAAAAUUUGAUCUGCCUUUUAAAAUUUUCCUGUACAAAGCCCUUGUAAAUUCUUAAUCUGGCUCUUCCAAAAUGUGCUGUAUCUUUUGAAUGUUAAUAGGUUCCCUUCUCACUUGGAAGUAGGCAUGUUUAAUUGGUGAAAUAAAGGAAAUAUAUCAUGGUUUUUAAACUACCUGGGUCUUUUAGACAAAGCUAUGGCAGGCAUUAGCAAAAUGUGUAUGAAAGAAUACUUUCUAGGCUUAAUUGGUUAACAGUUACGUAUGUCAUUUUGAGAAACACUUACCAAAUAUGUUUCUGUCAUCUUACACAGAUCAAAGAUGUGUGUUUCUGGGGGGAUUUGUGAGGGUGUAGGUGUGUGAGCGCGUGCACACAUGUGCAAGAUAGCCUAAUGUCUUAUUUUUUGAAAGAGGAAAAUAUAAAAACUUGAAAUGUGAUUGAUUUCUAUACCACUGGAUUACUAGGUUUUUGUAACUAACACUCUGUAUAAAUGGAAAUUUUAAAUGCAAAGAAUUUAAGGAAAACAUCAUAAAAGCAAAACAUUUUGUUUUGACCAUGAUAGAAAUGCACUGUGACAGUGCUGUUUUCUCAGGGCCCAACUCUGCAGCCCUUUAGUGUGUACAACUCUAUCUGAUUUUAUUUGGAAAUAUUAACACACAAAGGUUUUCAUGUCUGGUCCUUAGGAAAGUCAGACUUCCAAAGCACUGUUUGAACAUUAAGGAUUCUAUCUUAUUUUGGUGGAUGAACAACUAAGUUGUAUUUUAAAUAUCAAAAGUUACUAAAUAAAGAUUACUCUGCUUUUUUA